UUUUUUCAUUUUAUAAAAGUUGUUACUGCAUGACGAAGCGAGUGAAUUCUUAUUAAGAAACAAAAUAAUAAAUUCCACGUAUAAGUAUCGGUUUUUAAUUGCUAUAAUAUAAUUAAAAAUAUAUAAAAUAACAUUUUGUGUAUAAAUUUUAUCGGGUAUAAAAAAAAGUGAAUUGUUUGUUGUGAAAUAGAAGCGUCCUUGAUCAAAAGUAAAGAAAAUGUCUCAAAUUACCGGUCGUGCCUUACAUUAUGUUUUCAAAAUUGGUAAUCGUUCCAAAAAUUCCUUUUUCUUUCGCAAUAUAUUGGGCAUGAAGGUUUUGCGUCAUGAGGAAUUUAAAGAGGGUUGCGAGGCUCAGUGUAACGGGCCGUAUGAUAAUCGUUGGAGUAAAACCAUGGUGGGCUAUGGCCCAGAAUCUUCACAUUUUGUCUUCGAAUUAACUUACAAUUAUGGUGUAACAAGCUAUGAAAUGGGCAAUGAUUUUGCUGGUGUCGUCUUAAAAUCUCAAGAAUCUAUAGAACGUGCUCUAGCUAAUAACUAUCCCAUGACCGAUGUGGAUGAUAAAAAGCUCUUAAUAUCACCCGAUGGUUAUAAAUUCUUUAUAAUACCCGAAGCCGAACCCAAAGAUCAAGAUCCCGUUGUAAACGUAGGCCUUUGCGUUUCCAAUUUGCAACAAUCUAAAAAGUACUGGCAUGAUUUGUUGCGCAUGAAUCUAUUGCUCGAAGAUGAUAAUUCCUUAUUACUUAAAUACGGCGAUAAUCAGGCGGCCUUAUGUCUUAAACAAAGCACAGAAGCUUUAAAUCGUGCCAAGGCUUAUGGACGUAUUGCCUUUGCUGUACCCAAAGACCAACAGCCUUAUAUUAACGAUAUUAUAACACAAGCUGAACAGAAAAUAUUAACUCCUUUAAUAGAAUUGGAUACACCAGGCAAGGAGACAGUACGUGUUAUUAUUUUAGCCGAUCCAGAUGGUCAUGAGAUUUGUUUUGUCGAUGAGGAAGGUUUUGGUAAACUCUCGGCUGUUGAAGAAGAUGCUGAUAAAAUGUUAGAUAAAUAUAUUGGCAAAGAUCCAUUCCAAAAAGAAUUGGACGCUUAAGAGUAACAAAUCGAUGAAUGAUGAUUUUUGAUAUAUUUUUUUUAAUACGUUUUUUAACAAAGACCCCAUACACCACCAGUAGAUAUUGUGCAAGCACUACACAUUUAUUUGGAUAAUUAUUUGAAAUAAUGAUAUUCAACCGUUAAAUUUGGCAAAUAUAUUCAAUAUAAUGCACGGA